AUGGCAGCAACCAAGAUCGGCCGAAAAGUACAAACCGGCCGCUGGCCUGAUUUAUGUAAUCAAUAUCUUGGAAAUAUUCAGCAAGAUGUUUGUGGCGCCCUGCUCGGCGAAACGGACGGCGGUGUGCAAAGAAAUGACGUGCAAGCCCCUACAGAUGCUCAUGGACUUGGGCCUGCUGUUACUCAUGGACCUGGCGUUGCCCGUUGGCCUGGCGUUGUCCAUCAUGAAUUUGGGCCUGCCCGUAAUAAUAAUGAGCUUCCUGCCGAAGACUUUCCACAUCGGAAGCUGAGAGGUACAAGAGCAAAAGUUAAAAAACAGGAGAGAAAGUUUAUGGCCUUUUUGUAUAAAUUGUCGACUCCCCAUUAUCAUUGGGGGCCGAGACGAAGAGAAAAGGGAAAAGGAAGAGAAAGAGAAGGACGAGAAUGAGAAGCCGAUCAACUUUUCUUCCGUAUUGUUAUUUUUAUAACCAAAUUUUCAUUUUUGAGAUCCCAGAUUAGAAGUAGAGUCUCUAAGCAUUACAAAUAGAGGUACAGAAGGAUUUGGUUUAACAACAUGAAAUAAACAGAAGAUAAACUCAGCCUAUUAUCUAUUUGAGUAAAUAUGCCGAUCAAGGGAGUCCCGAUGACCUUGACCUUGACAUAUGUUGUCAAGGUCAUGACCCUGAACAACAUUCAAAAGGUCAUAGCCGUCGCUCGUAGUUUAUUAAAAAGUUAUUAAUGAAGAAACUUUAAUGAAUAGAACAUAAUUUUACGACACCAUGUACGUUUUAGAAAAGUUAAGGUUAGAUAUAGAGUGAAUUUGGUUUCGUUUUGGAAAGUACAUGCAUGGACGCAGGUUCCGCCCCCCUACGGGGGGGGGGCCCACUUCCGGAAGAUAUAACCUAACCCAAACCAAAUUUUAGUUUUAUAUUAGAAAUAGUAUAUCGGUAUAAUUAAUCCCAGCAAACACAGAUACAUAACUGUAACAUUGCCAUAAUAAAACGGAAUGUAACAAGUAAUAUAACGUAUUUGUUACAUGUAAUAUUCACGUAGUUGUAAUUUCCCACUCAUACAAAAUUGCAAUUAUAUAACAUGAAUAUAACAUGUUACUAAAAUGUCAUAUGAUUGUUACAGUCAUAUAAUAGUCCACCCAAGUAGCAAACUGACGUCACAAUGACAGUAAAUUUUGGUCACAAAAUGACCAAUUAGACAUCCUAAGUUAGGUUUCAUGAGACCCGAAAAUGUCUCAUCGAUAUGUCACAUCCACGAGGUGUCAUUUUCUGACGUUUGUUUGACGGCAAAACUAAGACCAAUUACAGUAAUAAUAUAACACAUAUUAAUGUG